AUGUCCGCCCCCGACGCCGGAGCCAAGCCAGAACUACAACGAUGGCACGUCACGGAGCCGUACUUGAACCUCCGGUGCGGGCUAGGCGAGGGCCCGUACUACGAGGAGGCGAGUCACAGCCUGCGAUUCGUGGACAUCAAGAAGAAGCGGGUGCACGUCGUGGACUUGGCUAAGAUCCCUUACCCCAACCCGAACCCCGACGUGGAUCCGAGCCCGAGCUCGGCCCCCUCCGUCGUCCUCAGCGGCGGCGGCGGCCUCGAGACCUUCCAGCUCGACACGCCCGUGUCCGUCACCGCGGACAUCGAGGGCGUUGACCCGCGCGAGCGCAUCCUCAUCGGGGUCAAGUACGGGCUCGCCGUGCUGGACCGCCGCACCGGCGCGUACGAGUACGUCGCGCGGUUCGGCGCCGAUAAGGACGACGAGCGCUUGCGUGCCAACGACGGCGCGGCCGAUCCCCACGGCCGCUUUUGGCUCGGCGCUAUGUCCGACUUCGGAUACGACUUGCGGCCUGAAGGCUCCGUAUUCCUGUUCGACGGCACGCGCCCGGCGCGGACCAUGCGGCACCCGGUGGCGAUCCCGAACUCGGUCGGGUGGUCGCCGGACCGGCGGACGCUGUACCUGACGGACUCGACGGCGCGCACGAUCCACGCGUACGACUACGACCCCGUCGCGGGGGGGAGCGCGCCCCGCGACCGCCCCUUCUACGUGCACCCGGGGACCGGGGAGCCCGACGGCUUCCGCGUCGACGUCCAGGGGAACCUGUGGCAGGCCGUGUACGGCGAGGGCCGCGUGCUGAAGAUCUCGCCCGAGGGGAAACUCGUCGGCGAGGUCCGGCUGCCGACCAGGAACGUCACGUGCACCCAGUUCGUCGGCACCGAGCUGUUCAUCACGACGGCGGGGAUGGAGGAAGGCGAGGGGAUGCCCGAGGAGGUUAGGCUCAGCGGCGCGCUGUUUAGGGUCGAUGUUGGCGUUAAGGGGCUGGAGCCCUUCCCGUUCAAGCUAAAUUAG